UUUUAACACAAAGUAUGUCAGAGUAUAGUUGUUUCUUAAGAAAGCACAAUUUAUAGCUUUUGCUUUGAUGAAAGAUGAAAAAGUAAGAAUCGAAAUUUAGCUUCCAGAUCUGUUCAUGCUCGGGAUAUCUCACAAAUCUGAGAGAGCUUAUCAACAGUGGUAGAUACAGAAUUUGCAACAGCCUUAUAACUAUUAAUUUACCAUACUAAUAAAUUC